UCUGUGGGAGCGCGGGCACGCUGCCGCUGGUUAUAUAGCCGAGCAGAAGCCCCGUCCACAGACGGCGGCGGCUUUGCGCGCUGCUCGCUUCGCUCUCUCUCUGCACUGCGCUAGUGUGUGCCGUGAUCAUGGAGACGGAGUCGGAGAGCAGCCAACGCAUUCAAUAUAAAAACGCGUGGCGCGGCCUGCCCAGCGCACAUAGCACAACAAAUCGUGUGACCGAGCGUUACUCUGUUGCUGCUGCUGUCGCUGCCGCUGACUCUGCUGCCGCUACCACAGCCACCUCCUUUAUUCGUAGUCGUCGUACGAGCACUCGUCAAAACUUGCUUCCCUGACGAUUUUCCUCCUUUCCUCGUACUCCAUCGUUGGAUUUUCUUCGUCCCGUAAUCCUCCGAUUCCUGUAGUUGGCCUACGAGAAAACUCUGAGCUCCUAACCAAACACCAAGCGGUAUUCGAUGCAUCUACUUCUGCUGCUGCUGCUGUCGAUGCUGUGCUGAAUUGUAAACAACCAAAAGGAGUCAUUUAUCGAUUUUUGACAUAGUAUACACACACCCCAAUAUUCCAAGUGUCCAAGUGUUAGUGUACAGUGGAGUGUGGGCAGUUCUCUCAGGGUCAUAGUGUAGAGUUCGUGUGAACGCGUGUGUAAAGUUGCUACUGCUACUUGUAACGCUGCUGCAAUAAGCCAUGCCGAGCAAAAAGAAAAAGUACAACUCUCGUUUUCCUCCGAGCCGCAUCAAGAAGAUCAUGCAAACGGAUGAAGAAGUUGGCAAAGUCGCACAGCCUGUGCCCAUCAUAAUCUCUAGAACAUUGGAGCUAUUUGUUCAAGCGCUACUCACCAAAACCAAUGAGAUUGUUACUGCGAGACAGGCCAAAACACUCAGUCCUGCUCAUAUGAAGCAGUGCAUUAUGACAGAACCAAGAUUUGAUUUUUUAAAAGAUUUAGUAAAAAAUAUACAUGAUGCAUCUAGUGGAGACAGAACUGGUCCUACAUUAGUGCCUUCAACCUUAACAUUAUCUAAUCGUCCAACCGUACCUGCUAAUUAUGUACCUACAGUUCUUCAAACCAUGACAUCUCAAACUGCUGAAGAUGUAUCAUCUUGUGCACAAAUUCCUCCCAAUGAAGUCUUGCAAAGCAAUGGAACAUCUGAUUCUGUUUUUGUAAUGCCAAACAAAAUCUGUAGCAUCAAAUCCGAAGAAACAGUAUUCUCAGUGGAUAGCUCAAAAUCAAAAGAACAGAUAACAUCACCUCUUCCUACUGCUAGCAGACCAAAUUUCUACACAGAGAUAGUUAAAGAAGAAAAUGAAGCAAAUAGUGUUCAAAUUACAAAACUUAGUAUGUACGCCGCCAGUGAUGAAGACUACGAUACGUAGCAAAUAAGUCAAUAGUUCAUAACACAGUAACAAUAAGAAAAUUAGACCAAUGUAUCUCUUUGUUAUAAUUGUUCUGACUUGAAUCAUUUUUGAUACAAUGAACUUGGAUUAUUUCAGGUCUUUGCAACUUGUGUAAUAUAUUAAUUUUUCUUUGCAACACUUAAUAACUGUAUGUGCAAAAGAAAAAUAAUAUUUUUAGAUACACUAUGCAAAUUAUUUCGUUUGAGCCUGGAAUUCUUUUUUUGCUUUUUUUUUUAAAAAAGUAAAAAAAAACUUUUGUUGAUCCAUACAGCCUGUAAUAUUUUUUUAAG